AUGGAAUCAACAAACGGUCUGAAUUAUUAUUCGGUUAAACGUUUGUUAGCGUUUAUUCAUACUUUAGAACAAAAAUUAUCAUCUGUAAAUAAUAUUAAUGAAAAAUUACAUGAACUCAUUAGCAGUGUAACUCAGACACAUCAGACAAUUACACAAGAAUUAAAAAUAAUCAAAAAUGUACUUAACGAUCCAGAACUGCAAUGGAAAGAAAAUGAUCAUGAUAAUGUUGUUUCUGGCAUUAAAGAAUUUACUCAAUUUGAUUCAAAAUCAGCUGAUUUAAGUAAUGCUGAUCGUGUCUCAGUACGUUCAGAGUCAUCCUGUGGUUCAUCAACAACGUCAUCGGAUAUCUCUUCCGUUGUACCAAAUGAUAAACAAAAAACAACAUCUAAAAGUAGUAAAAGAUCAUUGAAAAACCAUCGUUCGUCGAAUGGAAAUACUGAUAAGACAGUAAGACAAGUGACUUUCGUCGAGGAUAAUAACACUAAUAAUGACGAUCAAACGGAAGCAGAGGAUGAACAAAUUAUUACGUUAAACAGAGAAGAACAGAGUGAAACUGUUAAUAAUCCUGCGAAUGAAGAAAACAAUGAGAAUAUCAAUGAAGUGGAUAAUCGACAUGUUGAACAAUCAUAUCCCAUUGGACCAAUUGGUGGAAGAAAUCUCAAUGAAUCCUAUCAUAAUGCCUCAUUCUAUUCCGAAUUAAUAACACCUGUUCUUCCAAUUGAUCGAUCGAGAAAUACUUUAGGCAAAAGUCCUGAUUUAAUAUCUGAUUUAUUCAGUCAACAUCGAUCAGAGGUGUCGGAAAAACACAAUCUUGGCUAUAAAAUGGGAAGUGCUCUAACAAGUAUUCGUAUACAUGAAAUAGAACAAAAUGGUGAUUAUUUGAGAUUAUUAAAUGUAUCUAAUUCGGAUGACUAUGAUUUAAGUAAUCAUUUUAUACAACAAAAUGUGGCAUGUUUGCCUGUAUGUCGCUUCCGUUUUCCUCCACAAACAGUAAUAAGAGCUGGACAAACAGUGACUAUUUGGUGUGGAACAAAAAAUAUUGAUCCUCAACCGCCACAUAUCUUUGUUUGGAAACAACAGCGACGUUGGGAAAAUAGUUCCGAAUGUGUCACAGUUCUAGCUAAACCAAGUGGUCAAGCUAUUGCAUGGACACGUAGUUCACAUCGAUUCAAUAAUAAUUCAUCAAGUGAUGUUCUGUAUAUUCAAUCUCAAGGAAAAAGUAAUUCGGAUGCUGAUAGUGUUUCAUCCAUCACAAAGAGUCGAAGCGGUAAAUUAUCAGCUUUUAGUUUUGUUGGUAAUAAACCACCGUUUGCUCAUUCAACAAACAGUCCCGUUCAUCCUGAUCAUUCAGCUCCAAUGACAAGAGAUAUUCGAACACAAAUGCAUACACAAUGGCAGCAAAAUAAUCCUAGAAACACAUGGAUAUUAAACCGUCCUAAAAGUUCUCCAUUUGCCAAUCAUAUCGGUUGUAAACAAGAUUUAAUUAGUAUGAAUAUUUUACAAUCAAAAUCAAAACAAAAAAUUCUAAAAACAUGA